AUGCCAGGCACUGAAGAAAUCAAUCUUGCUCCAAUGAAUCCAUCGGUCAGUCCAAAUCAUUUGGUCCCAGAGUCGACGAGCAAAAGUACUCCUUGGUCUCGUCGGCGUAUUUGGGAUGGUUGUAUUUACGAUUACACUCUUAGUGCCAAUCCUCCACUACGUCCACCACAACUACUGCGACGACCACAACUGCAACUACAUCCACAUCGACCACAAGUACUAGCAGUACUUCAACAACAUCAACGUCCAGCACAAGCACUACUAGCACUUCCACCACGUCAACAUCAUCAACUUCAUCAACAUCAACAUCCAGCACUAGCACCACCAGCACUUCAACAAGCUCGACCAGCUCAACAUCGUCGACGUCCACAUCCAGUACAAGCACUAGUACUACCUCGACAACUUCGACAACUUCGACUACUUCAACGUCUACGUCGACCACCAGCACUAGUACCACCUCUACAACGGCAACAACGUCGACCUCCAGCACCAGUACCAGUUCAACAUCAACUAGCACAAGUUCUACUUCAACCACAUCCACCUCUUCGACCAGUUCAACAACUUCAACCACAACUACUAGCACUACAUCAACUGCGACCACAUCAACAUCCAGCACAAGUACCAGCUCAACGUCAACUAGUACAAGUUCUACUUCAACUACAUCCACCUCUUCGACCAGUUCAACAACUUCAACCACAACUACUAGCACUACAUCAACUGCGACCACGUCAACAUCCAGCACAAGUACCAGUUCGACGUCAACCAGUUCAAGUUCUACCUCAACCACGUCCACUUCAUCAUCCAGUUCUUCCAGUUCUACGUCAAGUACCAGCUCGACAUCGACUUCAUCAACCUCAACAUCCAGCAGCAGCACUAGCACUUCGUCAACUAGUUCGACUUCAACUACCAGCACAAGCAGCAGCAGUAGCACCACGUCGACCAGUUCAACUUCGACAUCAACAUCCACCAGUUCGACUUCUACGUCGAGCACAAGCAGUAGCACUAGUUCGACAUCGACCACGUCAACUUCUACUUCGUCAACGUCCACGUCCAGUACAAGUACCAGCUCGACAUCAAGCAGCUCAACCUCUACCUCAACUACAUCCACUUCCACAUCCAGCUCGUCCACUUCCACAUCAACUACAAGUUCAACAUCAACUUCAUCAACAUCAACAACCAGCACAAGUACCACAUCAACAUCGACCAGCUCGACUUCUACGUCGAGCACCAGCAGUAGCACCAGCUCCACAUCGACCAGUUCCACUUCGACAACGUCCACAUCCACAUCAUCAUCGUCCACUUCGUCAACAUCGACGUCAUCAACCUCAUCGACAACAUCGAGCACAAGUACUACGACAACCACAACCAUUGGUGAUUUUGCCAACGCAAUUGGAUGUUUUACCAGACACGGCUCAACCCUUGUGGAAUACAUUCAUGGGAGGAGUCAGUACGUUGGCAACGCAAGGUUCAUCUGCUGGUAAUUAUCCUUCGACUAACCCAGUUAUUAAUCUGUUUGAUGGCAAUCUUACAUCGGAAUUCAGUAGUUAUGGUAAUUCUACCAGCAAUGAUACUGUCGCUGGUGUCUAUACCGGCUUCUAUGUCACUGUUUCACAAUGUCAACCUGUACUCAUCGGGUUUCGGUUCGCCUGUGCUAACGAUACUAGACAGGGCGAUCCGCUCACUAUCUCCAUUGAAGGAACUAAUUGUGACACUCUCUCGACGUGUGCUAACUGGACAUCACUAUAUAAUGGAUCGUCGGGUCUCGAUUUGCGAGUUGCAAGUGCAACGUACGGAGAAUAUCAACCGGUCUCCAAUACGGCUAUUUACAGUAGCUACCGCUUUUUGGUAACGAGUAAACGAGGUGCAAGUAAUCUUGUGAGUUACAGUGAAGUUCAGCUAUUUGGAUAUACAAAUUAUACAGGAACUCCAGCGAAUGGAUCAGCAAAUUCUUCGGUACUGUUAACACUCAAGCCAGGAUCGUUAGAAGCUCUAUGGGCAUCAGUGGUGGGCGGAACGAGCUCACUUGCUACAGAAGCUGCAUCGGGUACUGGAACAUACGUAACGGGUCAGGGAGUUGAUAAAAUAUUCGAUAAAGACUUCAAUACCAGCUAUUCAAGUCGAGGUGAUUACAAUGAUACAGGAUCAGAUAGCAAUGCUGGUCUGAACACAGGUUUCUUUUUCACCAUUACUCGCUGUCAGACGACGCUGAGCAAAUUUCGAAUUGCUCCCGGUGUGAUAGCUAGCGCCGAUCCGUAUUAUGUUAUACUAGAAGGAACUAAUUGUGUCAGUGCAUUGAAUUGUAGUAGCUGGACACCUCUCUAUGCUGGCACGGCAGGUAUAGGAAGUAUUUCAAAUCGUUCUUCGUUUGGCAAUUUUGUAUAUAUCGCAUCACCAAAGGCAUAUCCAGGUUAUCGCUUUACCGUUGUUACUAAGAGAUCAAGCAGUCCUUACGCUUCAUACAGUGAAGUUGAACUCUACGGUUAUUAA